AUGCUCCCGCGCUUCAGGCGAUACCGUGUGGUGCUCGUAUGCGCCUUUGUCAUCACGGCAUUGCUCUACCAGGUCGCGAAGAACUCGUCACAGUGGGAGCAUUCGCAGGAAGUAUGGCAUAGCAAGCCCCAGCCCGACACACAUCCGAAGCCCAAGCCUCCUCCUCCUCCUCCUCCGCCGCCGCCUCCUGCUCGUCCACCACCCCCACCGCCGCCGCGGCCCGAUGACGGCCCCGGACCAAAGCAGGAAGAGGAGCCGAGAAUCCGGCUUCCCGAACUGAAGACGAGCGACGGGGUCAAAGGCGGCUACAGUUUACCGACCAAAGCCCCCGCUGCGCCUUCAGUGCCCGAGAGGAAGCCGCCUGCGAACCAUGGCGAGUACCCAGGGCAGGAUGGAGAGACCGGUAUACGCCCGGCAGACCCUCCUUCCAAAUACCAGGGCGAGGACGCUGCUACGCAGACGACCACCGUCCACUGGGUGAAGCCUAGCGAAUGGUUCCCCGUGCCGGCCGAGUCGAUCAUUGUGCUGCCCACCGGCAAGCCCAAGGCCAUGCCGUCGGUGCAGUUCGCGUUCGGCGCAGAGUCCCCCGCGGCAAAGGAGAAGCGCGAGCGGCGGCUGGCCAAGGUCAGGGCCGAAGCGCAGCGGGCGUGGUCCGGCUACAAGAAGUACGCUUGGACCCACGACGAGCUCAAGCCCGUCAGCAAGAAGACGAACGACCCGUUCUGCGGCUGGGCUGCCACCCUGGUCGACUCGCUGGACACGCUCUGGAUCAUGGGCUUGGAGGAUGAGUUCGACGACGCCGUGACGGCCGUGCGGGCGAUCGACUUCACCACGACGCCGUACCGGGACCAGAUCCCCGUCUUCGAGACGGUCAUCCGCUACCUUGGAGGCCUGCUCGGCGCCUACGACGUCAGCGGCGGACACCAGGGCAAGUACCGCGUGCUGCUGGACAAGGCGGUCGAGCUGGCCGAGAUCCUGAUGGGCGUCUUCGACACGCCCAACCGCAUGCCGGUGCUCUACUACAACUGGAAGCCGGCCUUCAGCGCCAACCCCAAGCGGGCGUCCACGAGCGCCGGCGUGGCCGAGCUCGGGUCGCUGAGCAUGGAGUUCACCCGCCUCGCCCAGCUCACGGGCGAGGACAAGUACUACGACGCCGUCGCCCGCAUCACCGACGCGCUCGAGGACCUGCAGAACCGCGAGCACGCGACCGCCAUCCCUGGCAUAUUCCCCGAGCACCUGGAUGCGUCGGGCUGCAACCGCAGCGCCCCGCGGCCGCCAUCCACAACGCUGGAGACCAGCAGCGAGGCGGCGCAGAAGCAGGCUAAUUUUGCUGUUGUUGACGAUGAUGAUGGUGGUGGUGGUGGUGAUUCUGAGCUGCGGCAUAGCGCUGAUGGUGGAUACUACGGAAGCGAUAGCCAGGCGGCGGAUGCCAGGGCCGGGAGGAGCAACCCAGGGUUGCAGAGGCGCACUCCGCCGUCCACCAACGCAGCGCCGACGACACCCCGCGACGCAAGGGGGCUGCCGGGGGACUGGGAGUGCGUCCCGCAGGGCCUGACGGCGGGCGGCUAUGGCGGAGGCUCGUACAGCAUGGGCGGCAGCCAGGACUCGGCCUACGAGUACUUCCCCAAGCAGUACGUGCUCCUGGGCGGCCUCGAGCCCAAGUAUCGCGCCAUGCACGAGAAGGUGGCCGACGCGGUGCGCGAGUAUCUCCUCUUCCGCCCCAUGGCCGAGGGCGAUCCGGACGUGCUGUUCUCCGCCAAGGCGUACAGCAGCGACGGCACCGCCAAGAAGAUGUCGUACGAGUGGGAAGUCACGCACCUGACCUGCUUCCUGGGCGGCAUGUUCGCGCUCGGCGGCAAGCUCUUCGACCGCCCGGGGGACGUCGACAUCGGGAGGAAGCUGACCGACGGCUGCGUCUGGGCGUACGAGGUCAUGCCCACGGGCAUCAUGCCCGAGUAUGCCAUGGUCUUGCCCUGCAAGUCGCCGGACGCGUGCCCCUACGACCAGGCAGCGUGGUACGAGGCCCUCGAUCCGAACAGGGAAUACCGCGAGAAGCAGUUGGAAGAGUAUCCUGCCAAAUAUGCCGAGUGGGAGCAGCGGCAAAAGGAGACACUGCCGGCAUCGGGGCCCCAAAAGCGGGAUAUUACAGGCACAGGGGCCGAGGAGGCGGAGGAGGAGGACAGCGCCUUUGACGAUGCCGAGGACCAGACGCCAUUAGUCCUGCCGCCCGCACCUCAAAAGCCGCUCACCCAUGAGGAAUUCGUCACCAAGCGUAUCCAAGAAGAGCACAUCCCGUCAGGGUUCGUCAGCCUCAACGACAAGCGGUACAUUCUCAGACCCGAAGCGAUCGAGUCCGUCUGGUACAUGUACCGCAUCACGGGCGACCCGGCCUGGCAGGACAAAGGGUGGCGCAUGUUCGAGGCCGUGAUCGCCGCGACCCGGACCGAGGUUGCCCACAGCGCCAUCCGCGACGUCGCCGCUACUAUUACCGACCCUUUCCAGGACAGCAUGGAGAGCUUCUGGCUGGCCGAGACGCUCAAGUAUUUCUACCUGCUGUUUGAGACGCCCGAUGUGAUCUCGCUGGAUGAGUGGGUGCUGAAUACCGAGGCGCAUCCUUUCCGGAGGCCGACGUGA